UUGCAACACAGUUUACAGCUGAACAGGCAACAGUCGAGCUUUCCAUUUUACAGCCUUUGCAUUUCUAAAGACACCACCAGGAUUUAUCUCUGAAACCUUUAAGUUCAUUCUCAAGACAGAUAUGUCUCUGAGCACUAUUAUACCCAUACUGGUUUUUCUGACCAUACAUGAAGGUAGCAUUGUGGGGGAUCAUGGGGUUAAUCUGCGCUGUCUUUGCAUUAACAAGGAAAGAAAGCCUAUUGGCCGUCACAUAGCGGUGUUGGAGGUGCACCCUGCAACCUCCCACUGUGUAGAAGUUCAAAUAAUUGCAACUCUAAAGAAGAAUAAGCUAAAGGUUUGCCUCGAUCCAGAUGUUCCAUGGGUCAAAAGAGUGCUAAAGAAUAGACGUGCCAGGCAGAAAGUUGAGGAACCAACCUCCAAAGCAUAGAUUCUCAGCAUGAAAGCUUUAAAUGUAGACAAGCACAACGUUUGUUCUCUGAAGGAAGAAGUUUCAUCCAGUAAUUGUGACAGUCACUUCCCGAGGGUAUACAGCUACCUGCCGGCAGGCCGACGGACAACUGCACAAGAAACGUUUUUCAUAAAGGAAACGUUACACAUUAUUUACAGUAUCUUAUAACUUUAAACAGCUAUUUUUGUAAAUGAAAUUCAUUACUUUUAACCUGAAUCAUGUUUAUCUAAAGACCUUUUAAACUUCUUUAUGUGUAAACCUUUGGGCUUAAUGCUUAUUUCUAAACUUAGUUCUGUUUUUGAUACCAAAGGGCAGAGAUGUUGAUUUUCGUAUGCAAUCAAAUGUAUUGACAGAAUAAUUGUGAUUAAACUGUGAUUUUUUUAUC